GAGAUGGCGUUGACCUUCCGUCCUCGUGUCCUUUCGUUCUCUUAACCUGGGCGUUUCGUCGGUUUUUCGGGUGAGAGGUGCCGGUGAGAUUUAAUCAAGGAGGUCCUUUUCUGCCCUCCUUGUACAAGAGAAUUUUACCUGUGACUUUUGCUUUUUUGAGCGGCAUUGAGCUUUACUGCCCUGAUGGGGACCUCCAGUACCAUCAUGACAUAAAGUGGUGACAGCUGCCAUCCUUGUCUUUCUUCGGACUUCAAAGGGAAAUUUUUCAACUUUUCACCACUGUGCCUGCUCAAGACCCCACCUGUCACCAGGAGGGGAACAUGGAGGAGGAAGGGGUGGCUCCAGAGCUGCCGACCACCUGGUCACAGGACCCGGUGACCUUCCAGGAAGUAGCGGUGGACUUCUCCCAGGAGGAGUGGGCCCUGCUGGCCCCCGCUCAGAAAAUCCUGUACCGAGACGUGAUGCUGGAGAACUACAGGAACCUGGCCUCCGUGGGGUAUCAUCUCCGUAAACCCAGCCUGCUCACCCAGGAGGAGCUGAGGACCAAGAAGAGGAGAGUUCUCCAAGACACCUGUGCAGACCAGAAUUCUCAGCUUAAAACCAAAGAGACCACUGCCAAGCAGAAUAAAGUUUGGGAAAAACCAUUUACCAGCAGGAAAGCGGCAUCAACUCAACCUGGAGAGAAACCCCAUGAACAGAGUCUGUGUGGAAAAGCCAUCAGAAGGAAUCCUGACCUUAUUUUGCCCAAGAGGAAUUACACAGGAAUGAAACGCAGCGAACGUAAAGAACAUGGGAAAGCGUUUAGUUAUCCUUCAUCCCUUGGGAUCCACAUGCGAUCUCACGCUGGUGAGAAACCCUACGAAUGUUCUCAGUGUGGGAAAGCUUUCAGUCGCUGCUCGUCUCUUAGGACACACGAGCAAACUCACAAUGGAGAGAAACCAUGUAAGUGUACCCAGUGUGGGAAAUUCUUGAGAUCCGGCUCGAGCCUCGCCAUACACAAGAGGAUGCACACUUGGGAGAAACCAUAUGAAUGCAGUGACUGUGGGAAGGCCUUCAUCAGGAGCAGUGACCUGACUAUGCAUAAGAGACUACACACCGGGGAGAAAUGCCAUCUGUGCAGUGACUGCAGCAAAACCUUUAGCAGGAAGUUCCAUCUGACGGUGCACAUGAGAACCCAUACUGGGGUGAAGCCCCGCCAAUUCAGUGACUGCGGAAAAGCCUUCGAUAGGAGUUGUAAAGCGACUGCCCACAAGAGGGUACACACAGGGGGGAAGAUGUAGCAGUGCAACGACUGUGGGGAACUUUCCAGUAGUCACUCAUCACAUAGGAAACAUGUGAGAACGCACAGUAAAGACAAGUGUAGGAGUGCAAGCAGGGAAAGCCUCAUCCAUCUCACAUGACAGCAACUCUGUGAAUAUCUUCAGUAUGGGGAAGUCUUCUGCUGGGACUUAAACUACUGCACAAGGAAAUUCAGAGUGGCAGAGAAACCGUAUAAAUGUGAAGAAAGUGGGAUUGCUUUUAUCAGGGCCCUAUCCUGAGGUUGGAAAUCUAGCUCAUUAAUUUUCAGUCUGUGUUUUUGAAUAUAAGCAUUUAAGGCCAUAGAUAUCCCUCUACCUACCCCAUUUGGCUAUAUUACAUGAGUUUUGAGCUAAGGUUUUUUUUGUUUUUUUUUUUAAAUUUAUUUAUUUAUUAUUUUGGCUGCGUUGGGUCCUCGUUGCUGUGCGUGGGCUUUCUCUAGUUGCGGCGAGCGGGGGCUACUCCUCGUUGCGGUGCACGGGCUUCUCUUGUUGCCGAGCACAGGCUCUAGAGCACGCGGGCCUCAGCAGAUGCGGCGCGUGGGCUCAGUAGUCGUGGCUCGCGGGGUCUAGGGGCACGGGUUUAGUUGCUCCGCGGCAUGUGGGAUCCUCCCGGACCAGGGAUUGAACCCGCGUCCCCCGCAUUGGCAGGCGGACUCCUAACCACUGCGCCACCAGGGAAGCCCCGAGCUAAGGUUUUUAAAAUUUUGGUUUAGUUCUAAAUAUCAUCUGAUAUCUCUGUUAGAUCUAUUUUAACUCACAGUGUCACGUUACUUUUUAAGCCUGUCAAGAUGCUACUUCAUUUGAAUUUCACCCAAACUCUCCCCUUCCCCCAAAUCCUAUAAUAUCCAUGUGUCUUCCUUGGUUUGGUGGGACACCCCGAGGUUCCUCACGUAUGUGGUCUACCUGGUUGCAACAAGCCGGUAAACCUGACUUUGUCAGACUAUAGGUUUUGUCCCUGGUGGUCUUUGGCUGAUUGUGUUGGGACAGUAACCUGUACUCGUAAAUACUACAGGUCUCUCAUCUUGUAAAAUGUUUCUAAAAUAUCCUUCUAAAAGGUCUUCUAAAAUAUUUUCCUAUCCAUUAUUGGUUUUUAUAUGUGGUGUCAGGAGGGGCCCAAUUUAAUUUUUCCCCUGCAGAACUGAUUUUCCUAGAACUCUAAUCAGAAAGCCAGGUCCCAUAAGUUGUUUGCGUGUGUGUUUUUGUGUUUCUGGGCCUUUCAUGGAGUUCUGGUCAGGUUAUUAGUCCUGCAUCAAUAUAGCACCAUCUUUAAUAACGUUAUGCCUAAUUUUUUUUAAUAUCUGAGAGGCAGGUUCCUACAACUUGUUCUUCUUCAAGAGUGGCAUGUCUCUUCUGUGCCUUUUAUGUCUCCGUAUAAGCUUGGAGAAUUUCACAAAAAAUCACAUUGGUAUCAUGCCUGGAAUUGCAUUGAAUCAGUACUGGUGGAAUCAACAUCUUUAUGUUAUUAAAUCUUUCAGGCCAUGAACUCAGUAUCUGCAUUUAUUGAGGCAUUCUUUAGUAUCUUUUAGUAAAGUUUUAUAUAUUUUCCUAUGAAGGUCUGGCACAUGUAGUGUCAGAUGUCUUCCUAGGCACUUCAAAUUUUAUCACAUUUUAUCAUUCUAAAUGCUAAUAUAUUAAAAACGUAAU